CCGCCCCGUCACACGGCCCCGCUGCGUCUCCCGAGCCGCAGGCGCAGGCCCAGCCGAGCCGGCAGCGUAGCGGGUGCGGGUGCGGGUGCGGGUGCGAGUGCGGACGAAGCGGUGGCCGACCCCGCGGCCGCGCAGCGGACAGUGGGCGCAGCGUCCUGAGGCGCCCCGCGACUGGGGGAGACCACAGAAGCUGAGGCCAUGUCCCAUGAAAAGAGUUUCUUGGUGUCUGGGGACAGCUAUCCUCCCCCCAACCCUGGAUAUCCCGGAGGGCCCCAGCCCUCCAUGGCACCCUACCCAGGGGCCCCUUACCCUCAGGCCCCAUUCCAGCCAUCCCCCUAUGGCCAGCCAGGGUAUCCCCAGGGCCCCAGCCCUUACCCCCAAGGUGGUUACCCUCAGGGCCCCUACCCCCCUGGGGGCUACCCCCAGGGCACCUACCCCCCAGGGGGCUACCCCCAGGGCCCCUACCCGCCAGGGGGCUACCCUCAGGGGCCAUAUCCGCAGAGCCCCUUUCCCCCCAACCCCUACGGACAGCCACAGGCCUUCCCAGCACAGGACCCUGGCUCACCUCAUCAUGGGAACUAUCACGAGGAGGGGCCACCAUCCUACUAUGACAACCAGGACUUCCCUGCCACCAACUGGGACGACAAGAGCAUCCGCCAGGCCUUCAUCCGCAAGGUGUUCCUGGUGCUGACCCUGCAGCUGUCCGUGACCCUGUCCACCGUGGCUGUGUUCACCUUCGUCGGGGAGGUGAAGGGCUUUGUCCGGGAAAACGUCUGGACCUACUAUGUCUCCUAUGCCGUCUUCUUCGUCUCCCUUAUUGUCCUCAGCUGCUGUGGGGACUUCCGGCGGAAGCACCCCUGGAACCUUGUUGCGCUGUCGAUCCUGACUGUCAGCCUGUCCUACAUGGUGGGCAUGAUCGCCAGCUUCUACAAUACCGAGGCGGUCAUCAUGGCCGUAGGCAUCACCACAACCGUCUGCUUCACAGUGGUCAUCUUCUCCAUGCAGACCCGCUAUGACUUCACAUCCUGCAUGGGCGUGCUCCUGGUGAGCAUGGUAGUGCUCAUUCUCUUCGCCAUCCUCUGCAUCUUCAUCCGGAACCGCAUCCUGGAGAUCGUGUAUGCCUCGCUGGGCGCUCUGCUGUUCACCUGCUUCCUGGCAGUGGACACUCAGCUGCUGCUGGGGAACAAGCAGCUGUCCCUGAGCCCGGAGGAGUAUGUGUUUGCUGCGCUGAACCUCUACACGGACAUCAUCAACAUCUUCCUAUACAUCCUCACCAUCAUUGGCCGCGCCAAGGAGUAGCCUGAGCCCGCUCACAUGGGGCCUCUCAGGUGGCAUGCCCGGCCUGGCCCCUGCCCCAGCGUGGCAGCUCCUCUCAGCUCCCCUCUCUCAUCCCCGUGUGCUGCCUGGGACAGGGAGCCACCCGACCCUCCCGUGUGUACACCGCAGACACUUCUGUCUGGACCCGCCGCGGCCAGCAUGGCCCCUCCCAGCCGUCCCACCCUGCCACAGGGCAGCGGGGCCGGUUUCCGUGCCCCCUCCCGCCCACCCAGUGUUGCAUGAGCCCUGUCUGCCAGUCUACUCCAGGGUCUGGGGGCAACACCAGGCCUCAGGGGCGAGCGAUGGAGCCACGAGGUGAGGGUGCACGUCUCCCCUCCUGUCCCUGCUCCCCGGCCUGGCGUACAGCCUUCCCACCCCCCACUGGAGUGCUGCCCUCUGGGGGACCUGCGGGGUGAGGGUCUCGUCCCUAUGUUAGCCCUGAGGGCAGAGAGGAGGGAACAGUCCAGGUCAGGAGGGUGCCUUCCCCUCAUUCUGCUGUCUGUAAAAUUCCAAUAAACGGGACCCUCUGCGCUC